ACAGGCAGAGGGUAGUUGCCCAGCUUGUCUCACAAAGAGAGAACCAGCCAUAAUCCAGCUCUGAUUUGGGACUUUAUUUCUUCAAGGGAUUUGACAAAAAAGCACCCAUGAAACCUAGGAAGAUUGUUCCUCAAGUAGGAGAAGACUCUCAAAAUGGCCAUCUCCCACCUGGUUGGCAGAGCUAUAUGUCUCCCCAGGGGCGCAGGUACUACGUGAACACCUUCACCAAUGAGACUACUUGGGAGCGACCCAGCAGUGUGCCUGGAACCCCCAAGAGCCCUGUGACCCAGAAGAACUCCUUGCCUACAGUAAAUGGGUAUCACAUACCAGGGACCCUGGUGCCCCAACUAGAAUCCAGCCACAUGAGUUUCCGCAAAGUUGGCAAUGAUCCCCAGAGUCCUGGGUCUCCAUCACCUACUCGAAAGCAGAACAAGGAGACCACCUUUACGAUAAACUGUGUGACCUUUCCCCAUCCUGACGCCAUGCCAGAGCAGCAGUUGCUGAAACCUUCAGAAUGGAGCUACUGUGAUUACUUCUGGGCUGACAAGAAGGAUCCCCAAAGCAACAGUACCGUCUCAGGAUUUGAAAUCCUUCUGCAGAAACAGCUGAAAGGAAAACAAAUGCAGAAAGAAAUGGCAGAGUUUAUUCGAGAAAGGAUAAAGAUUGAAGAAGAAUAUGCCAAGAACUUGUCUAAACUAUCACAAAGCUCCUUGGCUUACCAGGAAGAAGGGACCCUUGGGGAAUCCUGGGCUCAGCUAAAGAAAAGCUUGGCUGAUGAAGCAGAGGUUCAUCUCAAGUUCUCCUCCAAGCUGCAAGCGGAGGUGGAGAAGCCUCUGCUCAACUUCCGCGAAAACUUCAAGAAAGACAUGAAAAAGUAUGACCAUCACAUUGCUGAUCUGCGGAAACAGUUGGUUAGUCGGUAUGCAGCAGUGGAGAAGGCCCGAAAAGCAUUAACAGAGCGGCAGAAGGAUUUAGAGAUGAAAACACAGCAGUUGGAGAUAAAGCUCAGCAACAAGACAGAAGAAGAAAUUAAGAAGGCCAGGCGGAAGUCUACUCAAGCUGGAGACGAUCUCAUGCGCUGUGUGGAUCUGUAUAAUCAAGCUCAAUCAAAGUGGUUUGAAGAGAUGGUGACCACCUCUCUGGAACUUGAGAGGUUAGAGGUGGAGAGAGUGGAGAUGAUUCGGCAACACCUUUGCCAGUAUACGCAGUUACGGCAUGAGACAGACAUGUUCAACCAAAGCACAGUGGAACCUGUGGAUCAGUUGCUUCAGAAAGUGGAUCCGGCCAAAGACAGGGAACUGUGGGUGAAGGAACACAAAACCGGAGAUAUCAGACCUGUGGAUAUGGAGAUAUAGACUGCUAUUAUGAGCUACCUGUAAGUGGUGGGCUGUUCGGCUGAGCCCAGUUCCAGGGCGUUCUGUGAAAGCCUCAAGAGGAGGGACAGCAGAGACUUUCCACUGUCAGCUUCCUUAUAUAUUUAUUAUUGCCUGUAGAGACUAUUUCUGUCAUGUUUGAUCAUUAUUUCAUUUCCUAUUGUGCUAUGCCUUAAACAUCAGACAUUCCAGGGUUGAGAAGCCAACUGUUUUCACUUCCGGAAACAGGCUCCCAGCAGCCAGGCACAUACAGCUCUCAUGAUAAACUGCGGGACCUGUGUGGAGUUGUUGUGUUUUUUUCUGGUACAAACAGAGUUUUGCUAUUCUGUGGUUAACUAUUUUGUGCUACUCCACUUGCAUGAUGCUCUCUGUUUUGUAUAGUAAUGUUAACACACAGCAAGCCUCUGACAAACAUGCAGAACGGUGAAUUUGAAUGUGACUCUGGAAGCAGGGAGUGGGUCCCGAACAUUGCCAUUUAAUUAGAUGGGAAUGUGAAAACGGUUCCCUCCUUGUGUGCUUUAAGAAGCAGAACCUGUAAUGCUUACCUACCUCACAGGGUUGUUGUGAGGACGACAAUAGAACCUGUACAAUAUUACUUCUUAACAAGCCCUGGUUCUCAUAAGUGCAAGUGCUGUUGACAUUGGCAGGGGGUGGGAGUGGGGGGGUCAGCAAAAAAAGAAAGAAAAAGAGGUACUGGCUUAGAAGAGAGUAUGCCCGAAGGAUUGACCCUUUUAUACUCCCUCUCAGGUACUUAAUGAUCUCGGCUCUCCAGACACUUACUCUCAUGGUCUCAUUGACAUCCUUGGGGACUUACUGAGGAAGUGAUCUGAGAACUGCAGUUGUUUCCCCUCUAGGUGAAA